CAGUGCUUUCAGUUUCACAUUACUCUAAAUCUGUUAAAGAGGUUGUUGCACUUCUAAAGAAUCGCCUUUAAAAAUCAGGAAGGCCCCAUUACAUUGGACGGGUAAAAGUCUAGCCAUCCAGUGAGAGACAGAGAAGUAACAGAAACCACUCCAACCUAAACUGGAGAAAAUACAGAUAAGGUGACAGUCUGGACAUGGACUCAGAGACCCAGAUGCCAGGCCCAGUGUGCCUCAUUGAGAACACUGAAAAUGAACUGACAGUUAAUCCGAAAGCUCUGGAGAUUCUGUCUGCUAUUACACAGCCUCUUGUUGUGGUGGCUAUUGUGGGUCUCUACCGCACAGGCAAAUCCUACCUGAUGAAUAAAUUGGCUGGGAAGAAAAAAGGCUUCUCUUUGGGCUCCACAGUGCAGUCUCACACCAAAGGAAUUUGGAUGUGGUGUGUGCCUCAUCCCGAGAAGCCAGACCACACCCUAGUUCUGCUUGACACCGAGGGCCUGGGAGAUGUGGAGAAGGGUGACAACCAGAAUGACUCCUGGAUCUUUGCCCUGGCAGUACUCCUGAGCAGCACCUUUGUGUACAACAGCAUGGGGACCAUCAACCAGCAGGCAAUGGACCAACUGCAGUAUGUGACAGAGCUGACAAAUCGAAUCAGGGCAAAAUCCUCACCAAAUGCAAAUGAGGACGAGAAUUCAGCUGACUUCGUGAGCUUCUUUCCAGACUUUGUGUGGACGUUGAGGGAUUUUACCCUACAGUUGGAAGCAGAUGGACAACCCAUCUCAGCAGAUGAGUACCUGGAGAAUUCACUCAAACUUAAGCAAGGUACCAAUCAAAAAGAUAAAAAUUUUAAUCUGCCUCGAUUAUGUAUCCGGAAGUUCUUCCCACAGAAGAAAUGCUUUAUCUUUGAUCGGCCGACUCACCGGAAGAAGCUAGGCCAGCUUGAGACGCUGAAUGAUAAUGAGCUGGACCCCGAAUUCAAUCAACAAACUAUAACCUUCUGUUCCUACAUCUUUAAGAAUUCCAAAACUAAAACUCUUUCAGGAGGCAUCGAGGUCAAUGGACCGCGACUGAAGAGCUUGGUGCUGACCUAUGUCAAGGCCAUCAGCAGUGGUGGUCUGCCUUGCAUGGAGAACGCAGUCCUGGCUUUGGCCCAGAUUGAGAACUCAGCUGCAGUGCGAAAGGCCAUUGACCACUAUGACCAGCAGAUGGGUGAGAAGCUGCAGCUGCCCACUGACACCCUCCAGGAGCUUCUGGAACUACACAAGGCCAGUGAGAAAGAGGCCAUCGAAAUCUUCAUCAAGAAUUCCUUCAAAGAUGUAGACCAUUUACAUCAAAAGGAAUUAGCGGCACAGCUAGAAAAGAAGCGAGAUGACUUUUAUAAACAGAAUAUGAAAGCAUCAUCAGAUCGUUGCUCAGCUUUACUUAAGGAUCUCUUCGAUCCUCUAGAAGAAGAUAUAAAGCAGGGGAUUUAUUCCAAACCAGGAGGGUAUCGUCUUUUCAUUCAAAAGAUAAACGAGCUGAAGAAAAAGUACCUUCAGGAACCUAGGAAGGGAAUACAGGCCGAUGAAGUUCUUCAGACAUAUUUGACGUCCAAGGAGUCUGUAACUGAUGCAAUUUUACAGACAGACCAGAGUCUCACAGAAAAGGAAAAGGAUAUUGAAGUGCAACGUGUGAAAGCUGAAUCUGCAGAGGCGGCAGCGAAAAUGUUGGAGGAAAUGCAAAUAAAGAAUCAGCAGAUGAUGGAACAGAAAGAAAAGAGUCAUGAGGAACAUGUGAAACAAUUGACUGAGAAGAUGCAGGCGGAGAGAGCCCAGUUAAUGGCAGAGCAGGAGAGGACUGUCGCUCUUAAACUUCAGGAACAGUCCCGGUUACUAAAGGAAGGAUUCCAAAAUGAGAGCAAACAACUUCAUAAUGAGAUACAGAAUCUCAAGAGGAGCAUGGAAAGACCCAGGAGCACCUGUAUCCUAAGCUAAAGUCCUGAAGAAUAGAGCUCUCCUGGUCACUUUUUAACCAAAGGAUUGCUCAAGCAGUUUUAGAAUUUGAAAAAUUGUCUCUAUGCUUGAUAAUCAUUAGGUCUUGCAUUUUUAUAACACCAAAAAUUUAUAAAGACAUGCAGUACUGUAACUGAAAUUAUGUCCAUCUUCCUAACGAUAUCGUAAAUUGUAUAACAAGUAUGCAUUUCACCUCUGUACCGACGCAGGAGGUAUCAUGAGUUCGUUCCACUCAGGAGAAGCUUAUUCUUCCAGAUGACCAUUAACGAAUAGUGAGCAAAAGUCUUAGGUAAAAAUCUUGGGUCAUAUUUGGGUAUCGUUUUGGCCAAGUGUACAACAGGUUCCAAUAUCAGGGAUAAACAACCAUCGUUCCUUCUUAGUGAAGACCCUGUACAGGUUUCCACUGUAUCCAGACUGCACGGUCCCUGAUCAAUGAUGUGAUUCCUAGCCACCGGUAACGGACAAUGCUCACUGAUGGCUCCAAGCUAAAGUAAACCACUUUAUGUAGAGAUUUAGAUUCUCUACAAAAUUUCCAUAGGAAGAUGGAAGAAAUCAUUAGCAUGAGUAGGAACUGGCUCAUAAAUAAAUGGGCUAAAGAAGGAAACUUUCCCUUCUUGCUCAAUUCACUCAGAUCAUAACUUUAAAGGAACACUUCAGAACUUUAAAUAACUGUCACUGGACUAAACUUAGUAACAUGAUAGCAAUUAUUCAUUGUGUGGUUGUAGCAAUAUACAACUGGCAAAGAUGGACUUUAAAUGAUGACAGAUAAUGUGUUAGAAAAUGGCGCUAACUUAAUUAUUAGAUUCUUUAUAAUCCUAAAGCUUAGGCUAUAUUCUCCCACUUCUUAACAGUCAUACUUGAAAGUCUGCCGAUUUUCCCAAAGAAAAUAUGGAUUGUUUUUGACAUUUUAAAUCAAUAAGAUAAUGCUCUUUGUAUUACUUAGUAUGUGUGGAGUUUAUCUCAAUUGUUAAAACUCAUAGGUAAGUGGUUGAUGUUUCUUAAAGCAAUUAAGAAUUAUUUUCAAGCUGGAAAUAAAAUAUGCUUCACUAAGCUUUC